AUGAUUAACCCCUAUGAAAGUAUUACUUUGAUGGAAUAUAGAAAAUAUUUUAAAUAUUUUUGUAUAUUCACAUCAACUACCGUUCUAUUAUAUGUAAUCCUUACAAAAUACUAUACAAAUACAUUACCAUUGUUAUUAUCUUAUACAAAAGAAUAUUUAAAUUCAAAUAAUAUAUCAAUAACUAAUGAAUCGAAAAUUGAAAAGAUACCUCCAAUCAAAGAAUUUCAAUCUAGUCUUUCCGAUUAUCAUCCUCGUCUACCUAUUCAUAUUUUUACACAGAAUCUAUCAUUAAUAGGCAAUACUAGUAAACUUAUAUUAUUAGGAAAUGGAUUUUUUGGUGAUCAAACAUGGGAAGGUAGUUUUCGACCUAAUAAAACCUCAACAGAAAAAAUGACUUCACUUUAUUGUCCGUUUUUGUCUAAUCGUUGUGAUAUAACAAGUGAUUAUAAACGUUUUCGUCAAGCAGAUGCAGUUAUUUAUCAUAUGCGUGAUGGUGUUGAUAUAAAUCGUGGUAAAGCAUUGCGUUUACCACAUCAACGUUUCGUAUUUGCUCUAUGGGAAUCUCCAGCUCAUACAGCUAAUUUACAAGCUUAUAAAGAAUUUUUUAAUUGGACAAUGUCUUAUCGACAUCAAUCACAUGUAGUAACAUCCUAUUAUUCUGGUAAUGCAUAUGUUCAUACAUCAAGUAAUUAUUAUCGUUUAAUGUUACAUGAAAAUGCAACACGUAAACUUAAUUUAACAACAAAAAUACGUGAUCAUCGACCGUCUGAUGAAAUUUUACAAAAGAAAAAAUUAGGCACAGCUGCUGCUUUAAUAUCAAACUGUGGCGGAAGUAGUAGACGUCUACAAUUUGUUAAAGAAUUACAACGUCAUAUUGAUGUUAAAGUAUAUGGACGAUGUGGUGAAGCAUGUCCAGGAAAUAUGAAUUGCCGAGAAUUUAUUAGCCAAAAUUAUUAUUUUAUUCUUAGUUUUGAAAAUAGUAUUUGUACAGACUAUACAACUGAGAAAUUUUUUGCUGCACUUGAAUAUCCAAUUGUGCCUGUAGUUUUUGGACGUUCAAACUAUUCUUCUUUCAUUCCACCAUCGGGAUAUAUUGAUACGAGACAAUUUUCUACAAUGAUAUCAUUAGCUAAAUAUCUUAAUGAAACUCGUUCAAAUAAAGAGAAAUAUUUAUCCUAUUUUUCAUGGAAAAAAGAUUAUGUGUGGGGUUUAGGAGCAUUUUUUACACCAUUUUGUGAUCUUUGUUUACGUCUUCAUCUCGACUCGAAAAUUAAUAUUAUUGAUGAUAUACACAAAUGGUGGUUUGAUAAUACAUGUGAAUCACCAAUAUUACCUUCAUGA